AUGAAAUUAAUAUCAACAUUAAUUUGUUGGUUUUGUAUUCCAUAUUUAUUUACUUAUGAAUCAUUUAAUGAAAUUUUUAAUAAUCUUGAAAAUAUUUCAUCAAAAAUUAAAUGUUUUAUUUUAUCAAUAUUUAUACCAUUUCAUUAUUUAUUCAUUUUUAUAUUAUGUGUUAUUUGUUCUAGUUUUAUUGGAAUUUGUUGGAUUAUUGAAAGAUUAAUUAAAAUAUUUAUUUCAACUAUUAAAUCAUUUAAUAAUUAUGGAUUUUAUUAUAUUAUGGAUUAUUAUUGGAUUAUUAUUAUAAGAUUAUUUCUUGAUUUAUAUUGGCAUUUUGGGUUAAAGUUGGAUGGUUUGAUUUAUGUUUCAUUUAAUGUUGAUAUUUAUAAUUAUAAAAAGCAUGUAUCAGGCAAAGUGGAUGAUAUCAUAAUUUUAUAUGAUUAUUGGCAUAAUAUGAAUUUGAGCAAUCGUAAAAGAUGUGAUUUCUAA